UUCAGCCCGCGGACAUGGCUGUUCCUCUCAGUCAGACGGUGGUGCGUCGAAGGGGCUUUGGUGAUGGCGGUUAAAAAAAGAUGUAAAUUUCUAUCGGCGUUUACUUAAAUCCGCUGGAUUUGUAAAUUCAUGAGGGAAACUGUUGUGCAUUUGAGCCGCCGAGGUAAUUUUCCUGCUGGAAAUCGAAAGGCGGUGUCGCCAUGAAAAUUUUCCCGAAAGUCUUAAUUUCAUCUUGUAAUUGGGAUGGAAGAUUGAAAUGGAUGGGCGAGUACGUUUUUUUAAGUCACUGAUGAAGCGGUGCAAGUCUGACGAACUGCCCCUGGAUGAGGAGCAGGGGUCGAAGCUGGGAGUUGGUGCUGAUACAGCGCUCAAGCAGCAGGGUGAUGCUACGCCAGCAGAUGCUGCCUGUCCAUCCCGCAACAACAGAGCUCAAGACUUGAAGAAAUUUCAGCAGCUGUCUGAAGGAGGUGGUUCCAGUGGCAUGUUUGGACAUGGUCUGAAGCAACUUUUCCAUCACCGAAAACGAUCUCGGGAGCGUGAUCAGAGUAUACAAGAAUCUUCUCAACUUUACCACCGUUCUCAUGGACAUUCUGAUCAUGAUUCUGCAGAUGAAAAGGAACGAUCUCCUGAGAUGCAUCGUGUCUCUUAUGCCAUGUCCCUCCACGAUCUUCCUGCUCGUCCCACAGCCUUCAACAGAGUCUUGCAACAGAUUCGGUCAAGGCCAUCCAUCAAAAGAGGAGCCAGCCUCCACAGCAGUAGCAGAAGGUCAAAAAGUGGACCAAGUGACGCCCAGAAAGGGAGUCCACAUCUUGUCCGUAAGGCACCUCAGGACAGUUCACUAACUGCACUUUUGCAGCAGCAUCAGUACAGACCAAGGUCAUCCUCCACCACAGACACGGCACUUGCGGCGGGAGAGAUUGGCAUUAUUCUCCCAACAGGGGAUGAGUCGGAGCGGAUCACAGAUAAGCUUGAAAAGGGAGAUGUGAGUACACUCAGUUUGCCAGCAAACACCAGCCAUGGGGGCUCAGACUCCAACAUUAGCCUUGAUGUGCCCGAUGGAACCCCAGAUCCUCAUAAGACAAAAGCAGCCAUAGAACACCUUCACCAGAAGAUCCUGAAAAUCACAGAACAGAUAAAAAUCGAGCAAACUGCUCGGGAUGAUAAUGUAGCAGAAUAUUUGAAACUGGCCAACAAUGCAGACAAACAGCAAGCAUCCCGUAUCAAGCAGGUUUUUGAGAAGAAGAACCAGAAAUCGGCACAGACAAUUGCUCAGCUGCACAAGAAGCUAGAACACUACCACAGAAAACUGAAAGAGAUCGAACAAAAUGGUCUUUCAAGGCAGCCAAAGGAUGUUCUGCGGGAUAUGCAACAAGGUUUAAAGGACGUAGGCGCCAAUGUCCGAGCUGGGAUCAGUGGAUUUGGUGGUGGCGUGGUGGAAGGUGUAAAAGGAGGCCUGUCAGGUCUCUCCCAAGUCACUCACACAGCAGUAGUUUCCAAACCACGGGAGUUUGCUAGUCUGAUACGAAACAAGUUUGGCAGCGCUGACAACAUUGCCCACUUGAAAGACACAUUGGAUGAGUCACACCAGGAGGAGACCACCAGGACUCUGAGUGGCAGUGCUACACUGGUGUCGAGCCCCAAGUAUGGAAGUGAGGAUGAGUGUUCCAGUGCAACUUCUGGCUCUGCGGGUGGGAGUAACUCUGGGGCAGGGGCUGGAGGCAUGGGGAGUCCCAAAUCCAAUACAUUGGACAGCCAUCAUAACAACUUUGAUACUAUCCUGGAUGAACUUCGCGAAAUUAAGGAUAGUCAGUCGCAUCUGGAGGAUGCAAUGGAAGAUUUGAAAGGACAGUUACAAAGAGAUUAUGCUUACAUGACACAGUGUUUGCAAGAAGAACGAUACAGGUAUGAGCGCCUGGAGGAACAAUUGAAUGAUCUGACUGAACUUCAUCAGAACGAAAUGUCUAACUUGAAGCAGGAACUUGCUAGUAUGGAGGAAAAAGUUGCGUACCAGUCAGAUGAGAGGGCCAGAGAUAUCCAGGAAGCUCUGGAGUCAUGUCUAACCCGCAUCACCAAACUGGAACUUCAACAACAGCAACAACAGGUGGUACAACUGGAAGGGGUGGAGAACGCAAAUGCAAGGGCCCUACUGGGAAAAUUCAUCAAUGUCAUCUUGGCACUCAUGGCUGUCAUACUGGUCUUUGUCUCCACCAUAGCCAACUUCAUCACUCCUCUUAUGAAGACACGGUUCCGGGUGUUAAGCACACUGCUGCUGGUAUUGUUCCUUGUCUCCCUCUGGAAACAAAGGGAAAAUAUUGUGUAUUUCUCCGAACAGAUCCAGUUACCCAGCUGAUCUAGACAUUUUUGAUAGCUGACAGAUUGGUGUGUUUUUUUUAAACAAACAAGGUAUCCUGACAUCUUGUUUUUUCUUCUCCUCUCCCAUCCCACCUUUUCUCAUCAAUGUUGAUGCCAUUGUUAGCUUGGCGACUACGUGCAACAAUAUAGUAUGUGGUGUGAUGACGCCCAAUUAGAAGGAAGAGCUGAUUGAACUGUUUCUCUUCUAAAGAUCUUAACUGAACAGACUGUGGUGUAUUGGUUGCACACUGACUGAAGCGAGUAAUGAAGGAAGGCAGUUUGAGGAAGACACUGUUCAUAAUGAAUUGUACCAUUUCAGUAUUUUUUUUUGUUUUCUUGUUAACUUAUAACAAAUAUUUAAGAAUUUUUGAGAGGGCCAGGAGAGAGUCAAUAUUAUUUGUGUGAUUGAUUAUAUAUUUAUUUAUAACUAAUAUACAUCCAAAAUAGCACAAAUGGUUUACAAGAUAUCCUAAGCUUAAUCACAUUGCACAUUCCGGUUUAUGUAACAAAAGUCCUUUAAAACUAGUACAAAUGAAUCCUUACAUAAGGCACUCAGAAGUGGAGAAAGUUUUUUUUGCACAGCUCAAACAGGCAGUGAAGAAAAUUUUAUUUGGCCCAGCUUUUGCCACUAAAGGAGAGUGGAAUGUUGGAAGAAAAUUUGCAAAUGCUCUCGGCAACAGAAAGUAGUCUCCACUGUGGACCAUGUUUUACAAAGAAUUAUAUUUUACUUUUCCCAUCUUACAUCUUUUGUGUGUGUUCCUUUCACUGCUGCAGCUGCCAGCAUCAGUAAAUAAAGAAAUUGUUACAGUAACACAUUGGCCCGUCGCUGCAGAUGUGAAAUGGCAAGAAAUAUCCUGGUCACAGAUACUGCUAGACUACAUGACCUUCAAUGAAGGUGGUGUGGGUGUGGGUAGUUUUUUUAAGUCAUAGUAGGAUCCAUUAGUGCAGCAGAAAAUAGAUGCAUUGCAACCUGUUGAGCAUUUCAGAUGAUGGUGUUAUUAGGAAUUAAGACCAUUAUGUGUUACUAGGGUAGAUUGUCUGCAAUUUUUUUUGAUUUUUUAAGCACGAUGAAUUAAUUCUCCCUUCAUUCUCUCUCCGUAUGUUUCAAUUACGUGAGCUGUUAACCAGGCAAUGGACAUAUCUCUGAUGGAGAGAAAGUAUUAGAUCCACAUGUUGGGUUUGGUGUGAAGACUUAAAGCUAUUAAAAUUAUACAAGUAUAUUUUUCCCAAUUGCUGUGCUGUUGGAGGGGGCGUAUCAGCUUUGUGUGGACAUAUAAUGAUUGAAAAAAGUUUGCUUCAUGAGAACACUUUUGCUGGUGCGUUGCUUGAAUUUUUUUAAAAGAUUUUUAAAAAUUUUUCAAUACAAUUUGGUGAAACAGCAUGGUAAUAUUUUCCGUUCAGUUAAGCAGUACCUGGUAGAUCAGGAGAUUAUAUGCGAAUUUUUCCUUUUGCUUUCUCCCCUGUUCUUUCCCCUACACCUUUUCAUAUUCUUGUAUUGCUUUCCAAAGACCAUUGUGAGCAUAUGGAGAGCAAAUGCCUCACUGGAAAUAACAGUUUGGCUGUUUGACCAUCAACAUCAUAGCACAACGGCACAGGAGAGAGAUUAUGGAAUAGACUACAGUACAAGCAGAGCUCGGCCUGUGUGUAGGACGUUAAAACAUCGACACAACAAGCAAACGUAUAGUUGAUUCCCAUGAAAUGAGAAAUCCAAAUCAGCCUACACUAUAGAUUCAGAUGACAAAAGACAUUCUGCAAUUUUGAUAUUAUCAAUUCAGAACAUAGCAAUAAUGCUUACAUCCCAUUUUUAAACAGUAAUUUUGUCUCGUUUUAUGUCUUGCAUUGCCAGUUUGUUUGUGGGAGGAGGUGGAGUAUGGAAAUGAGAGCUUUUUGUUUCUAAUAUUUACAUCAAAUUUGAGAAUGAUUGUAAUUCUAAUAGGCUAUCCAAAUAAAUACUGAUUAUAUCAGGAAUCACUGGAGCUAAGGGCAGUGAGUGCUGCUUUGUCAAGUAGUUUGACAUAGCACACCAGAUACCUAGAAUGGAGGAAAUACCAGAAAAGCAUUUCCAUGAGAACGUUUUUCCCUGUUUUAAUCAGAGAAUUCAUCUCUCUCGGUGCUAAUUUUACAAUUAGUACCUAGCAUUGUUUGAAUGCUGAUUUGAAAAUCUGUGUAGAGCUAGUAGUGGUGCCUACAUGUAGAGGAAAACCUUCACAUCAGUUGUCUAAAAACAAGUUAGAUGCUAGCACAUAAUUGUUGUAGUUACAUGGAAUUUGCUAGGACCUUGAUAUAAAAAAUAAAUAUGACAAAUGGUGAACAGGUUUGCACUGAAUUUCCAGACUUGUGCACAAAGAUGAUAGCCUGAACAUUGUAGACAGAAAUUGUAUUAUGGGCCUUUAAAACACGGAAGUAAUAGUACAGGAAAAGGAGAAAGAAAUUAAGGAUCGGAAUGUAUAAUGUAGACACCAGUUAAUUGAUCAUUUUAGUCAAGCUGUAGUAUGCUACUAUAGUCGAGGGACCUGUUGUGUUAAUGCAAGGCUGUGGUGUCACUGGGGCCAUUCUAACACACCAAUAGUACAUUACAGUGUGUGUAUGUAUAUAACAGGAAGCGUGUUUAAACAAGGUAGUAUGCUGUUAACGCAGUGGAAGUUCUUGCCAUAUAGGAAGGGAUGUGCUUUCCUGUAAAGGUACAGUAUGAGGAAAAAGGAGUGUACGGUUUGAAGGUCACUUGGUAAUCUCAUGUUUUAACAAGACUGGAUGUUUUUAUGUAAAGCACUUUUUAGUUAAAGUACCUUUUUUCCUGUUUUGCGAAGAAUAACUUGAACCAUAGCUUUUGUAGAAAAAUUGCUCGUUUGGUCAGAAUUAAAGAUCUUGAGCUUUAUGGAGAUUGAUAAUUGAGCAUUUACUGUCCUGAUUUGUUUGCAGGAAUUUAUGAUAAUAAAUAUCUUAAAUCUGUUUGUGCUUCCAAUUUAGUUUUCUAGUCUAAAUUCCUCAAUCAACAUUUUUUUUGGCAAUGUACUUUGUAAGCUCCUCUUGCUACAAAGAUGCACUCUUGCCAGUGCUAUACCUCUGCUGUGAGAGGAUGUGAUUGUAGUGUGGUAAGUUUACUUGGUGUUUCCAUUAAGUAAAUGAAAGUAGGAAUUGAAAAUGGAAAUAGAAGGAUAUUGGGCAUUUUAAAUGGGCAUUGAAUUAUAUUUGCACACCUUUGGUCCAUUUAUCUCUACCUUCGAAUCCUGGUUUAACUGAUUCUGACUCUGCAAUGCUGCUGGACGUAAACUCGUUAACUUCAUUUAUCCAAACUAGGUUCCAAGGAAUUGGAUUUAUGGAACUAGGACUUCUUCAAUAGUUUAUUAAUCAUAUGCAAUGCUAAUCAUUGUUCCAGUAACACAAGUGAUUUCCGCUCCCAUGGCAGAGUGAUCCCUUCCCAGAAACUUGCUGAAUUUUAUUGGUUCUAAAUUGUAUGACUAGUUUUUGCUCUCUCCACUUGCUGGUUCCAUCCCUUUUUAAAAGCUUGUAUUCAACCAUAUUACAUCCUUAUCAUUGUUGCAUCAUUCAAGUAAUCCUAUGGGUAGUAACUGAACUUGCAAUGCUGAAAUCUAAAACCAAAAUAGAAUCUAGAAACAUAACAGAUCAACCAACAUGAGUGAAUAGAACAUAACACCUGAAAAAUAAGUGAGAAGAUAUUUUAGUACAGACACACUGGUGUGAGGGUAGAACUGUACACAUAGGCAAACCCACAGACCCAUGGUUGGAAUGAUGAAACCGACUUGUCUGAUCAUUUUCUUUUCAUUUUACUCAUGGUUUUUCUUUAAAUUAUUAUCUGCAACACAUGCAUUUGUAUAUAUCCUUUCUCUGAAUGUUGUAUCUUGCCCAGAUACAUUGUUCUUUUCAGUUUUGAAGACAAUUCUAUAUCCCAAAUGUUAGUUUAUUGAUUUGCACUCAUGCUGACUGAAGUGCUGUACACUUCCAGCAUUUUUGAUUCACCUAGUCUUGUAUUUUGGACUUGCCUUUCAGCAAGGCAUUGAUCUCUAUUCAAGUAUCAGGCAAAUGAUUUUCAACAGCUAGCAAUUAAUUUAUGAAAUUAAUCAUACCCACUGCAUGAUUUUCUGCCUGGGUAUCUUAAUUUUAUAGGAAAGGCCAAGUGGUAGUAAAUAUGCCUGCUCAUCAAUGGGAUAAAGCAAAUAAAUUUAUAGAACAUUUGCUAUAACAAAUUGUUUACCCUCAUUAUGGUCAUGUUUGUGACUGACAGGAAUAUAAACUGUACAUGAAUAGGACAAAGCAAGUUACUAGCCAUGCAAGUUAACAAACUUCCCUGUGGACCUUAUUUUCAGAAUUUUUGCAUUUGCCAUUUUGCCUCAAACUAAAUUAGAAAUAAUACUGAACAACAAUAACAAAUUGCAUUGGCUGCAGAAUUAAAACCAAACAGCAUUUUCAUUGCAGAGAUUUUCUAAUAUUAUGAAAAAAUGUUCUUUACAUUAUUCAUUGAUUUUAAUGUAAAUAGUGAGAUUCAUUCCUCGUCAGCAACUGAACAUUAAUUGAUAUUUUCUUUGUCCACUUUAACAGUAUUAGAUUAGAGUCCCUACAGUGUGGAAACAGGCCCUUCAGCCCAACAAGUCCACACCGCCCCUUGAAGCAUCCCACCCAGACCCAUCCCCCUACAACCCAUACACCCCUGAACACUAUGGGCAAUUUAGCAUGGCUAGUCCACCUAACCUGCACAUCUUUGGACUGUGGGAGGAAACCGGAGCACCCGGAGGAAACCCACGCAGACACGGGGAGAAUGUGCAAACUCCACACAGACAGUCGCCCGAGGCAGGAAUCGAACCCGGGGCUGUGAGGCUGUAGUGCUAACCACUGUACCGCCCCAAUUUGUUCUUUUUGAAGAUCUACUGCCACUUCCAAAUUUGAGAUUUCCCUGAGGACUGUGCACUACUCACAGUAUCAUGCACUUUAUGUAGGCCAGUGGAACUGUAUUGUCAGGCAGUCAAAAGAUACGUUAAUCUUAGUGUUUAAGUACAGGAGGUACUAGAUCCUAUUCAAGAGAGUUACUUCGGUGUGUACUACAGUAUUGUACUGUAUUACUUUAAGUACAUGUGACUUUGCUGUGACAGCAGAAACUGAAAUAGCAAAUACACCGGAUGUUCCCCCAACUUGCUUUACUAAAGUUUUACCAUCUUAAUUCGAUGGUAGAUCUGUAGACUGACACUUUUGUUGGUUAAUAGUAUUGUUUGUUCCCUGAACAUCAGAUUAUUUGCACCAAAGAAUGCCACUGAUAGAGGAAGAACAAUGUGUUUUCCAUUGACGACUCCUAUUAUUUUGAAAAUAGUUAUAGAAAACACUAAGACGUGGAAAGCAAUUAAAUGUCGGGUUUAUCAGAUUAGUGGCAAAGAUCUGGUAAAUCACCAGUGAUAGUUAUUUGAGUAUAUGAAGAACACUCAAGCAACUGAAAAGACUAACUCUGUUUAAUAUAACAACAGACCACAACUUGUUUUUUAGUACAAGCCUUAAUUGCUACUGUUACAAAUGUUUUAAUACUUGUAAUGUUGUGUGAUCUAGUUUGCUCUUUUCUCCCAACAUUGAAGGCUGCCAUUAUGAAAGUCCUUGAAUGUUCUGAAAGCAGCGUUAAAGGGGAAGUCCACUUUUUGGGGAGGGGUGAGUACUUUUUAUUUAUGGUACAUACCUAUUUUACAGUAAA